AAGUGAUAACAGCAGAUGAGGAGCCAUCGUAAUUAGCGUUUACCCCCGUGGUUUUAAUCCAGUAUAAUCCAAAAUAAGGUAUCCCAUCAUCUGGCAGGGAAAUGAUACUGAUUCUGGGAUAAGAUAUCACAGGCACGUCAUGAUAAUCCAUUAUCCCAAUCCCCGGAUUUUUGUGAUGCCGGAGACCUCUGGAAUCUGUAUAAUAACCUUGCGCUCAAGGUAAUCUCGGUCGACGGUAAAAACAAACGAGAUUUAUCUGCAAGAAAAAUCGACGGACGCAAUGAAAUCGGACGAAUUGCGGGAUUACAUCUUCAGUCUAUCACCCGAGAAUAAAUCCAUCUGGGCACGCAAAUGCUACGGGCUCGAGUCCUUCGUGUCCACGGCGUCGGAAAAUCUCGAUGGAAUCCCCUUCGUGACUGCCACCGUUGCCAUCAAGCCAGCUUAUGACCAGGCGAUACUUGAGCCUGCCAUAAAGAAGGCAUGGAUCGCUUUGCGUCAUUCUCUACCAGCUAUUGCCGUCAAAUCGUCCAGACUUCCUGCACCCGAUAAUCACUUUAUCCUCACCUAUCAUGUGCCCAAGAACUUCGAACAGGUUCAAGCUUGGGUUGACGAAACGCUCUUCUUCACCAAUACGGUGAAGGACCUAUAUGAACUCCACAAGAGCUUGAAGGAUGAGCGGUGGUGGAGACCAGCGAACGGUCAUUGGGUCGGAGAGUUGCAUGUUUCUCCUAUAGAAGAUGGUUGGCAGUGUAGUAUUGUCUUUAAUCACAACAGUAUCGAUGGUAGAAGUGCUUUUAUUGUUCUCAAUGAACUUCUGGCCAAGCUCGUUCCGAUCCUCGACAGCUCUGCUAAACCAGUUUCAGAACUUCGUUGGGGCGAAGAGACGCAAUGCUUACCUCCGGCAGCUAUUGCUAUCCUUGCAAAGGAAAACAUUUACCCCAAGAGGGACCAACCACUUCUCCCUUUGUCGCAGAUGCCAGCGUGGAUCUGGCCGCCUGCCAAAUCACCGUCAUCAGUAGCGCGCGAUUUAACUGCUCUCGUCACACUUCCUGUGGAGACCACAUCAAAGCUACAUGCCAUCAGCAAGCUGCAUGGACGGACCAUCACCCCAGUCAUCAAUGCUCUCUCUAUUCUCGCUCAUACUGAGGUUUCCUUGGCCACGGCUGCCAAAGCUGGGCAUGAACGGUUCAACAUCUUAUCUCAGGGCUACAAGGAAUCGGUGGUGUACAAGAUUGCGUUUAGUUUAGCAAGCUAUAGACACAGCUUUCCUGAACCGUACAACAGCUUAACCGGCGAAACCUCCAGCCCGUUCACGGCCGUUGGUGCAAUGCCCCUUUUCCUCCCUAUGGACGUGGUCCGCAAAUUCUUCAAGAUUGAUGACUCUACCCCAUCCGCUUCUGUGAACUUCACCAAUCUCUCGGAUGCUUUCUGGGACGGGCUCGUGGAUGCUGCCAGUCAGAGUUUGAAGGACCAAGACAUGUCACUCCAAGCGUACGCAACUCACGAAGAGGAAUUACAUGAAUCGAUUCACAGUUUCGACCACGAAGUCUUCCAUAUCCCCUCACUUAUCAUGUCUUCCAUUGGAGACCUGGGUCGGCUGAAUCUUUUCAAUGCUUACUUGCCAUCGCAACAAAAUAAAACCCUGACGGUCGUCGAUAUGGUGGGCGGACAGAGGAUGCGGGUGCCGACGGUUAUGAACAUAUGUUGGCAAUAUGCUGGCAAGUUGAAUUGUCAUUGGGUCGCAGGAGGGGAAUGGAUGACUGAGGAGGAGUUGCAGCAGGUUGCGGAUUCGUUUAUGAGGUCGAUCAAGAUGGUUGUUGUUUCGGUCGAAGCUCCCGCUCGAGGGAAUAGGCAGGUACUGCAUUCUAAGAUGUAAUCGGAACACAUCUAGUUCAAACACCUCCAUGCAAUGUCC